GUCAAACACCACCUUCAUCAUCCGUUCAUUUGGUGUUUCAUGUUUCACAGCUGAAGCUUGCUGCCCCAACUGCUCAUCAGGUUUCUCCUGUCCUUCCAGCUAAUAUCACUGAUCAUCAAUUCCCUGAGCAGGUUCUACAUCGUCGCAUCUUUUUUCAUGGUCUGCGUCCUCGCCACCAAGCUUUGAUCAAGUGGUCCAAGUGGCCGGCCUCAAUGGCGACCUAGGAAGAUGAGGACUCCCUGCAUCAGGCGUUUCCUUUUGCGCCGGCUUGGGGGGCAAGCUGCGGCGCAACAGGGGGAAUGUUACACCUGCGUCUACCUGAAGCCCUUCGUCGUAGCUCGCGUGCAAGGGCGCCCAAUCGUCUGAUCCACAACAGCGACUAUGUCCUGUAACCGUGGCCCAUGAGCCGGUGUGGCGUAGCGUGUGUGUGCAGCCCAGCUGUCACGGCGCAAAGCCACUGGCUUCUGUACUUCUUCCUCUCCAAGCAUUCUCUUCUUCCUUCCUUCAUCCCCAAUCUAUCGUGUUAACAUGGAGCCAUGAAGAAGUGGAGCGCCAGUAUAUGUUAAAAGUUUAUUGGAAUUUGUCCUGUUUCUAAACACCAAGUUUCCGUGAAUAAUGGAGGCCUGUGCCAUCAAAAGAUUUGUGAUCCACCACACCAUAGGCAUGCAGUUGACUAAAGUGGUUAUAUAUAUAUAUAUAAAAACCGGUGCUCGAACAAAUUCUCAACACACGCCGCGCGCGUCUAUAGUUGAGGAUGGCGCUAGGCAACAAGCGCACCACACUGCUGGUCGCCAUGGCCGCCCUUAUCCUGCAACCAUCAGCGGCGAGCAGAGUGGGAGGAGGCCUUGCCAGGGCCAUCGCAGAUCCAGGUAACGGUGACGGUGACGGCGGCAUUCCACAGCUGCCGCCGCAGCCAAGGGAGUGCCGGCCAUGGCUGGCGCGGAUGAUGCCGUGCGCGGGCUUCCUCACCAAUAACUCCACCGUGUACGCGCCCGACGCCACCUGCUGCGACGGCUUCGGCUCCAUGUUCACGUUGGACACGGUCACCUGCCUGUGCCACGUCGUGGACGGCGACAUCGGCAAGCUUCUGCCGGCGCCGAUGAGUCGCAUGCGCAUGGUGGAGCUCUUCUCGGUGUGUGGCCACGCUGGACGUGUCGAUCUACUUGCCGCGGCCUGCAGCCUAAUGGAUGGAGUGCCGCCGAUAGACCUUCCGAGUCCCUCACCGUUGAUGCCAUCGCCAUCAGCUCGUUACAACUCAAGUAUCACAUGUGGCUGCAUGAGGGACGAGAAGCUUCAAAUUGGGCACAAGAAAAACGAAAGCCAUUGAUAUUGUAUUAACCAUAGCUUCUAUAAGUCAUUGUCCCAUAAGAUAGAUGUCUCUAAGUCCUUAUGUAUGUUAGGUGUCUUUGUGCACUGCAAAUGAUAUGGAGUUAAAUAACAAAUACUAUAUCGCUAAAAGAUUAAAUGACAUCAAACUGAUGGAUACAAAGACUUUUACAUGAUCCAGAAACCAAUCAACAAAAUUAGGUCUUCCUCGUCGCUCAUAUCAUCGCACCGUAUCUAACUGUUUGCUUGUAGGUUGAUGAAUAUGUGUCCAAUUUUCCUCAUUAAACUCACUAUACGAGAAUUAAAUAAUUAAAGUCAUUAUCUAGUAAUGUCAAAGAAAUUAUGGAGCAAAAGAAACACCGACAUAAAAUAUGGCUCCAUCUCUUCCGUAUUUGAGAACAUGUAUAGCAAAGUAGCCACUCGUUCUUCCAUGCUAUGGUGGUAGAAUGUGCCCUUACUAGCAGUUAUGCCUCUCAAUUGGAAAAUGUUGAGAUCACAGGAGGUUCCUCAUUGACAUUGUAUCACAUCAUAGGAGCAUAGACAAUGUGUUCCUCUGUGAAAUACACACUCGUAUGAAACCUUCUUUAGCAAAAAAAAGUUUCGAUGAUGCAUCCUCUACUCUUGCCUUAUUUCCAACCAUGGCUCGCAGGUAUUUGAGUGUUGUUUCAAUAUGAUACACCCACUUAUAUUGUAUAGGUGAAAGGGAAAUGGCCUCAAUCAUUUCUAUAAUCGAUUUUGGUGUUUGACGACCAUCACAAACCCU